UGAUGAUUGGCCGAUUGCAAUACAAUGGAAGGCGAUCGAAGGGUCAUUGGCCCCAGAGAGGGUGCCGUACGUCGGCAGUCUCUCGUGGUGAAAUAGAUCAAAAGCAAGAGAGAACGAAGCAGGCAUUCGCAUUUCAGUCGACGAAGAUGCGAACAGCCACAUAAACGAAGAAGACGAACAAGCGGGUAUGUUAAAUAGUAACAAAUAGCACUUUGGCGUGCCAGGUUACUUCCUGCAUCAUUCUGACUUGUCGACUGGUUGACAAUUGAAGCUUCCCUAUCAAGGAAGAUCAAUGUAGAGCUCUAAACAGUAAACACUUGUGAUCGCACUUAAGUGCUUCGUACAUUAGCGAGUAUAAAUAUGACCUCAGGUCGGUCUGUCCACGAAGAAUUCAGAUUCUGAAAAGAACUAGAUUUUUCUUCCACGCAUCUCUGACUCUCCGAUUUCAUGCGCGAAAAUUCUCCGUGAUUUGCUUUAAUUUCCUUGCUUAACUUUCAACCUUUUUUUGUUCUGACUUUCUUUUCACGAUGUAGCACCCUGUUUUUUCUUUGUUUUCUGCUGAGAUUUGACCGUAUUGCGUUGCAUUGAUGAAAUUCUACAGCGGAUUCGGUAGUUGAGAGUUGAGACUGAUAGAUAUACGCGGAAUACGAAUUUUUCCUGUUUCUGUCAAAGUUCGACCGGUCAAGAUGUUUCAAUUUGACAGCUUCUGAUUCUUUGUCUGGAAUCCGGGAAUAAUCAUGGAGAAAUCUCGCAGUAACAGCAAGAUCAAGAUUCCGAAGGCGAAGGCUUCGAAUGAGAAUAUUUCACCGAUGAAAUUAGAGACGGAGGAUCAAAUGAUCAUUGGAAGAGGACGCUUUCACCAAUCGAUGGCGCUGAGUCCGACCUUACAAUCCUUUGCCGAAAAUCUUGAUAUUAACUCCCCGCUUGCAAGAUACCUACGCGCCGGAUCUCCGAUUUCCGGUAAAGUCUCGCCUUCUGGCGAGUCUUUCAAUUCUCCGACUAUUGGCUCCCACAAGCCUCGGUCUGCAAUAGUGCAGCAGUAUAACAGUAGCAGUGGAGGGAGUAGUAGCUGCGGCUCUCGAAAUAGGCUGUCAAUUUCGCCGCUAUCUUCAAUUGAGAAUUUGGAGAUGAUGCCGCUGAUGGCGUCGCCUGUCUACGGAACGCCUGUAAAGGCGGAAGAAGAAGUUCUUGUGAUGGACGACAUCCAGGUGAGGCCAUCAACAUCUGGAGGGAAGAGGCUCGGGAUAGACGUCGCGAAGAAGUUUGCAAAUGGAAAAGAUCAGCGUCCAGUUCGUCUUUCCGGAACGCACAAAUCUGAGGCACAUGCGAACAAAUCAUCUGCUGGUACAGGACCAAGCACAUGUGGUCCAAGGAGCCGCAAUUUUCAUCAAUUCCAUGGUGCAGCUGGAUUAUCUGAAGAUGCUGUCGUCAAAACAUCCAAACCAGCUUCGUCUAUUAAACCUGAACCUAACCAUGCUCCAGCCAAUUCUUACACCAAUGACUGGUCACCCCUGGAUGAUGACAUUGUUGUUGCUCUUCCACACGGUUCACCUAAUAAUAAUCCUUCAAGGAAACAUGUUGAUUCAUAUGUUUCUGGUAUUCUCUAUGGCGCCUCCACUAAAAGAAGACUACCAGUAUUUGUUGAACUUUGUUCGGAGCAGUCAUCUCCAUGAUUGAAAGGCAAGGUAGAAUUGCACAUUCUUCUGGUAUAUCCUCUCAAAUCCUUAGCUUGUUCUGGUACUGAAAAACUUUCCCUUUUCUAAAAAUGUUGGUUUGCACGUGUUUGUGGACUUCAGUAUCCUGAUUAAUUUCUCAGAACCAGUGUCCAUAGCUUUUACGAACGAGGUGAUUCAUAUGCCUAUACCAUGUAAAUAGCUGUUUCACUAGGUGCACCUGAAGGCUAUCUCUAGCACUAUGAGCUUCAUCUCAUUCCUCUUAGUCAUUGUUGGAACUUAGGAUGAAUAAGUGAACUUCUAUACAUAUUAGAUUGAAUAAAUAAUUACCUCUAUUCAUUGUUCGGAAAGAA